AUGGCGCAGCAGAUAGAGCACACCCACCUCCUCCUCCGUGGGCUCAACCUCCACCUUGCUCAAGUAGGCAAAGAUGAGCUUGGGACGGUGGUGUUCUUGCACGGCUUCCCGGAGAUAUGGUACACGUGGCGCCACCAGAUGCUGGCCGUGGCCGCCGCCGGGUACCGCGCCAUCGCGCCCGACAGCCGCGGCUACGGGCUCUCCGACCAGCCGGCGGGGGACGUGGAGGCCACCUGGGAGGACCUCGUCGCCGACGUGCUCGCCAUCCUCGACGCCCUCUCCAUCCACAAGGUGUUCCUGGUGGGCAAGGACUACGGCGCCAUGCCGGCGUACGACUUCGCGCUGCGGCACCCGGACCGCACCCGCGGCGUCAUGUGCAUGGGCAUCCCCUUCAGCCCGGGGCCCUUCAACUUCGACACCAUGCCGGAGGGGUUCUACAUCCUGCGGUGGCGCGAGCCCGACAGGGCGGAGGCCGACUUCGGCCGGCACGACGUCCGCCGCGUGGUGCGCACCAUCUACAUCCUCUUCUCCCGCAGCGACGUCCCGAUCGCGGAGGAAGGGCAGGAGAUCAUGGACCUCGCCGACCUCUCCACGCCCCUGCCGCCGUGGUUCACCGAGGAGGACCUCGACGCCUACGCCGCGCUCUACGAGAAGUCCGGCUUCCGCUACCCUCUCCAGAUACCAUACAGGUCUCUGCACAGGAUGACGAAGCACGUGGACCCCAAGUUCCAGGUCCCCGUGUUCAUGGUGAUGGGGGAGAAGGACUACUGCUUCAAGUUCCCUGGUUUCGAGGCCGCCAUGAGGAGCGGCGUCAUGAACACCUUCGCGCCGAACCUCAAGAUCACCUACAUCCCUGAAGGAAGCCACUUCGUGCAGGAGCAGUUCCCGGACCAGAUCAACGACCUCCUACUCGGCUUCCUCAAGGACCAUCCCUGA